AUGUGGAAAACUUGGCUGAUUCUGAUUAUACUAAAAAGCUUAUUACAACCUUUGGCAGCCAAUAUAAACAAUUCCAACAAAGUGCUCAAAAAUAGUUUAACCUUACAAAAUAUUUUGAAUUACAACAACAUAUUAUUCCCACUCACUACCGUUAGUAAUGCAAAUCUAGUGCAUGAGAAAUGCGCUACGCAAAUGCAGCAGCUGCGACGCGGCAUAUUGAAUGGUGAAUUGUGGGCGCUUAAAGGUUUGUGGAAAAUCAAAAAUAUAUUCCUGCAUGAGAAACUCUUUAAGUACAAAUUCUUUGCAGUGCUGGACUCAUCAGGCAGCAAACCACCGGCAUUUAUGGUUGGCGAUAAUUUAUGGCUGGGUAGCAGUGCUUUAUGCGAAGCAGCGCACACUGGUUUACACUUACCCGUUUCUCGGUUUGUGGAGCAUAAAAUGAACUUGUCGCUAUUGACGGAAAAACCACCAUACGCUGUUCGCUACCGCGUUGCCUACUUGGAACAUAACUCAGUGCAUCAAGUUGAUGUGGUCUUUGCGCAGGUACAGCCUGUCAUACAUCUCGGCCUAUGUGCUCCAAUCGAAUGUAGCUCGGAGGAUUUGGUGCGGCUGCUAAGUGUCUAUUUGAAGAGUGAAUUAUUUCAUAGUAAUGAUCUACAUGGACUUAAACCACGUGUGCUGCGCGUGAAAGAGUUGGGGUUUAAGGCUUUUGCCUUCUACGAUUUGUUACACUUUAAGUUGUUGGCGAUAUUUGUCGUCUACACACUGCUAAUGUCCAGCUGUGCUUAUUGUCUGCGCUAUAGACAACAAAGUACAAAUUCAGGGGGAACUUCAGUUGCUUCCAGAAACCAGCGAAACCAGCAGACCAAUGAAGCGCCAACAAAGUUAGUGGAAUUUAUACUUUGUUAUGAUCUGCAAUUAAAUUGUUCUACGAUUUUCGCUUGGUCAGAUACUUCGUCGAAGACAUUCGCAUUCUUGAAUGGUGGUCGUGUUGUAAGCGCUCUUAUUGCAACAUUUUUUCAUACAUUCAUACUAUUAAACGCGAUUGUCAGCAAUCCGGUGCAAGUAUUUAUGUACGCCAGUAAUAUUGGCAAUAUGGACGUAGCCAUGGAUGUAUUUUUUUUAAUCAGAUUAGCGCCACUCUAUUAUUUUAUGAUCUGCGUGUCCCAUUUGACGCUCCAUUACUUGGAUAACACAACAGUUUUUCACACAGCAGGAGUUUUGGCGGAGAAAUGUGAGCAGAAUUGGUGGCAAAAUGUGUUCUUCAUACACAAUUUCUUUCACUACAAAAAUAUUUGUCUUAUAUGGACCUGGUAUUUAUCCUGUGAGAUGCAGUUUGCAGCGAUUUUAACAACGCUUUUGGUGAUUUAUGCCAAAAAGCCAAAGUUCGCAAAAAUGUCACUCUUACUACUACUAACCAGUUCCGUGGCUUAUCAAACGCUUGUGGCACUGCAAUUGAACUUCCAAAUAUCGCUGGAGACCACAUUCACGCACUUCACCCAACUUUAUAUGCAUCCACUUGUGCGCAUCUUUCCUUAUCUCAGUGGCGCACUGACUUGUUGGCUUUAUGUGGAAUAUAAAAGUGAACUUCUGUCUCAUAAACUAUUGAAUAAUUUCUUUAGUCAUCUCAUACUUCUACUCUUCGCUAUCUGUACGCAAGCCGCGCCCCUGGGACGUGGUUAUUCGGUGCGUGUGGAAAGUUUCAUAUUCGCGCUGCAACGUUGUUGUUACACAUGGAGUGGUUGUUGGACGGUUUUGGCUCUGGCCAACAAUCACCUUUCUUGGUAUCGCCGUUUAUUGAGCCUUCAAGUUUUUCAGAGCGCAAUUCAUAUGUCCUACGCCUUGUCUCUGCUGAACUCAUUGCUUAUAGUUUGCGCUUUCAGUGUGGGUAACAAAGUGGUGUUCGUUGAACCGAUCAGGAUGGACAUGCAAAUCAUGGCCAUUACUGCGUGUGGCGCGCUCGAAAAGAAAACAACAACAGAUCCUAAAAAAUGGAAGAAACAAACGCAGUUAACAAUAACAAUGAAAAUUACCUGCCAAUUAACACUUGACUAUGGUGGUCAUAAGAAGGCUCUAAAAAAAAAGGAUAUGACAACUCAAUAG